GCGCGGCCAUCGCCGCGCUCGGGGAAGCUUGUGUGUGUACUUUAAUUUCGGAUUGAAGAAGGUGGUGGCCAACGUGGGCGCCGAGAAGGAAACGACAAACAACGUGGCCACGUGGCGGGGCCAUCGCCUCAGAGGCGGGAAGCUGGUGGUUCCAUGCCCCCGAGAAGCAAAGCGGCAGGACCGUUGCCACGUGGCAGGGUCAUGAGCUCGUACCGGCGAUGUCUGCGGUCAUUCCGGUCUGAUGCCGACUGGUCUAGGAAGCAGAAAGAGGAGCCGACAAGGCAGGAGAGAGAGAGGGACGUUGGCGAUUGCCAUCUGCGACAGACGGCCAUCGCUUCAAGCACGCAACCUCUAGUUGCGUUUCAGAUUUAAAGAGAAAGGGAGGGGGAGGGCGGGCGGGGGGGAGGAGAGGAGGUGCAAAAAGGUCAACGUGCCGUGGGAUUCGCGGUGAGUAGAGAAAGUAGCCCGCAGCUACAGCUAUGGAGGAUGGACGGACGGGUCCGCAGGUUUCCCCUGACAAGGACGGCGGCGUUCGAGAGGGAGGGACACUGAGUAUUCCGGUUUUGCAGACGAUCAAAGCCGCCCAGGCCCAGCACGGCCUACGCCAUGGCGAUUAUCAGCGCUACAGGCGCUAUUGCACGGCGCGCUUGCGGCGGCUUUACAAAUCGUUGAAGUUCCUCCACGGCCGAGGAAAGUAUGUGAAGAAGACGAUCGAGCCAGCUAUGGUGGCUGAUAUCCGGUACUUGCUGAUUCCAUUGUACUGCGCAGAGAGGGCUUGGGGAUACGCGAUGGAGCUGAAGCAACUGCCAGGGGGACCCAGCUCGCGUCAGCGGUUCCAUCUAAUCCGCCGCUUGACGAAGGCGGCGCGCUGGGGAGAUGUAUUGGCCGCCCUGUGCAGUGAGAAAGCCGAUUCGAGAACAGCGUUGGAGGCAGAAGCAUAUGCCUCCUGGAUGUGGGGGAAUGUGAAAUUGGAGAGGGAGGACGAUUGGGAAGGAGCGCUGGUGAAGUUUUUGCGCGCGCGAACGGUGUACGAGCAGCUGGGCAAGGUCGGCAACAUGGAGCAUCAGGUGCUUUGCCGCCAGCGCGUCGAGGAAUUGGAACCCAGCGUGCGCUAUUGCAAUUACAAGAUGGGGAGAAGCAAAGGCGGGGAUCUCUUGGAAAUGUCGAGAGCGAUGGACGGCCCGGCGCUCGAUCUGUUGCAGUCGAAAUUGGAGGCAGUGAUGGCGGAAGACAGGGCGAGACAGGCGGCGCAAAUGGAGGAGCUGACGUGGCAUGGCCGCAGGAUCCCGCUCAAUAACGCCAAGACAAGAUUGUGUAUCCUCAGAGGACAGGAAUUGGACAAGGAAUUACAGGUUGCCGAUUCGACUCCCAUACCUCUGGAGAGGAAGCUAGCAUUAUACGAUAAGAUAUUUGUGGAGUAUCAAGAGGCGAAGAGACACGUGCGAGAAGAUCUGAAUGUAGCGGGAGGGAUGGCGGCGGCGCCAAGGGAGGUGCGGGACGAGAUUAGCACGUUGGAUGCCGCUUUGACGACUCUGCUCCUACACAGAACAAUCGAGAGAAAUCAACUGCUGGUGAGCUCUGCGCAAGCGAAACUGCUCAAGCAACAGACACAGAGAGGGAAGGAAGACAAGGCGGCGGCGGGGGAGAAGGAGAAGGCUGUGCGUCCUGAAGAUCUCGUUAGGCUUUACGAUGCGCUGAUCCAGAACGUGGCGGAUUUGGCACAGGUGGAGGUGAGAGAUAGACGGAGAGAGGACGAGGAGGCAGAGAAGCAGUUGGCUGUGAAAAGACUGUGUUUCCAAGCGUUUAGAUGCUUCUACUUGGGGCAAUCGUAUGCAGCGGCGUCGAAAUUUGCAGAGGCUUACUUGUUGUAUAAGAGAGCGGAGGAGUACGCUGCGGAGGCGGGUAGGGCGGGGAAGGAAGGCAUGAUGAGCGGUGGUGUUGAUGAGGCGAUGAUGUUGGAAGUGCAAGACGUUGCCAAUCAAGCCAGAGCGCAGAGGUGCUUAGUGCACGCAGAUGGGGCUAUGCAGAAUGCAUCGACAGCUGACGGUAUUGGUGGAUUGGUAGAGAGAGUUGGUAGUCUGUCAAUCAAGGAGAAUGCCCCAACUGCAAUGACCAAGGAAGGACAGCAGCAGGAUCAAACGGCGGGUGUGUAUCUUACCGAUAUGCUGGACAGAUUCGAGUCGGCGGUCGGGUCGUCAGCAGCAGCCGGAAGAAGAGACGCUCCUCCGCGCAUCGCACAGAUUCCUCCAUCAUUCCGAUCGGUCCCUUGCGAACCCCUUAUGCUUAAUACCGCGUUGAGUGCCAUCCAGUUUCCAUCGCUGGAUCAUCGGGUCAAGAAGAAGAAGAAAGGCUGGUUUUGGUAGGUUUUUGCAAGGUUUUGCUAGGUUUCGUUUCUUCCCUGCCUCCCGUCCCCCUCCCCCCCCUCCCCUUCCCCCUUUUCCCCAGCAGAUUUUGGUAGGGCUGCUGUCGUCUGGCUGCUGUGCUGCCAUACACUUUGCCAUGAGAAGGCGGUUAGUGGUGACUGAGUUGCUUCUUCUUCUUCUUCUUCUUUUUCUCCUUCUUCUUCUUCUUGAUGCUGAUGACGAUCAUUGGGGGGGGGGGGGAGGCACUGAAGUGGGGUGGUUGUAGUCUUGUCAUAAUCGAGAAGGUCAUGCUGCAGCUUUCUCGAUGAUCCCUGGGCGUCAGAGUGGUUUGGUUGGAGUCUUUUCCUAAUUGAGGUGCUGGUGAUGAUGGUUUGCUGUUUUGCUCGCAUCAGUACAAGAGGGAAUGGCCUAGCCGACCUAUUCUCCGAUUUCUCUUGGAGCCCGAGUCAGCGAUGGCAGUCCGUCCUAUUUCAUCUCAUUUGUAGCCACAAAAAAUUGAUGUUCUAUCAUCAUCAUUUUUUUAAGGCGUUGAUUCUUUCAUGAAUCUCUCUUUCACUCUUUAUGUAUUUGGAUUUCAACCAGUUUAUCUAAUCCUACUACUGUCAAGUAUCCGAGUUUUCACCGAGUUUUCACCGAGUUUUCAAAGAAGACAAGAAAGACUCUCCAUUUCUCCCUCCUCAGAAGUUUUGGCCGAAACCUCUGACACACCUUCCCGCCUUUCCCGCCAAGUACAUUUAUGAAUGGGUCCGUCCCGUAAGCGAAAUCCCCGCUCGCUGCUGACUUAGUGACCCCUUCCUUGCGGUUCCGUAUGCUCUUCCUCCCCUCUAGUUCUCAUCCUUGCUCCCCUCCAGUUCUCAUCCUUGUGGUUCCGUAUGCUCUUCCUCGCCUUUCGUUCUCAUCCUUGCUCCCCUGGUUGAUGGAUUGGCUGGCCAGCGAGUGUGUGCCUGCGUUUGUUUGUUGCAUUGCUAUUCGAGCAAUUGGACACGUCAUUCGGUGUAUCUUUUGCCGCCGAUUAUUACAUGAGUUUUUUUUCCUGACUAAUUAUUAAAGUGAAAGAGAGAUUGUACAUGCUCUCCUGGUUGUUGGAGUCGUUGUUGAGCGAUGGGCCCUGUAUGCGCAUUCGUUGCACACGUGUUGCGUUGGUCGGGCAUGUCAUCAGGACGCGUUGUGCUGCUCAUUGCACCGGUAAUAGAGCGAUUGGACACCUCGUCUAAACACCCCCAUGUGUUUUCCUGGUGCUGUGUAAUCACCGGCGAGCGAUCAAGCUGUGUCCACGUGGCGCGUUGUUCAGGUUAUAGGAUCUCAGGUUAUC